GGGGCCUCAGCCGGAGUUGCCCUGUCAGUGCAGGUGGAGGCCCCCGGCCGGGGAAAGUGCAGGAACCUCUUAAAGGGAGAGAACAGCGGACGGAGAGAACGCGGUCCGGCUCGGCCCGGCCCGGCCCGGUCCCCGCCCCGUCCGGCCCAGAGAAGAGUUUAGUGGCUGAGGCUGAAAAUUCACAGCACCAACAACAGAAGGAAGAGGGAGAGGGAGCUAUAAACUCAGGCCAUCAAGAAACUCAGCUGGGAGAGGUUUCUCAAGCAGCAGCUGAGGGAGAUAAUCAGUGUGAGCAGAAGCUGAAAACAUCUAAUGGAGACACUCCUACACAUGAAGACUUGACCAAGAACAAAGAGCGGACAUCAGAAAACAGGGGCCUGUCACGGCUGUUCUCCUCAUUUCUCAAAAAGCCUAAAUCUCAGGUCUCUGAGGAAGAAGGCAAAGAAGUAGAGUCAGCUAAAGAGAAAGGUGAAGAAGGUCAGAAAGACAUAGAAUUUGCAACCAGUCUUGAUGAAGAAGUCAUUUUAAAGGCCCCAAUUGCAGCUCCUGAACCGGAACUCAAAACAGACCCAUCCUUGGAUCUUCACUCAUUAAGCAGUGCAGAAACACAGCCUGCUCAGGAAGAACGCACAGAAGAUCCAGAUUUUGAAACUAAGGAAGGAGGAGGAGUUGAAGAGUGCUCUAAAACAGAAGUGAAAGAAGAAAGCCCGGAAUCAAAAGCAGAAAGAGAAUUAAAAGCUUCCCAGAAAUCAAUCAGAAGACACAGAAACAUGCAUUGCAAGGUUUCUUUGUUGGAUGACACAGUUUAUGAAUGUGUUGUAGAAAAACAUGCAAAAGGACAAGAUUUACUUAAGCGAGUGUGUGAGCACCUCAAUCUUUUGGAAGAAGACUACUUUGGUCUAGCCAUUUGGGAUAAUGAAAACUCCAAGACAUGGCUGGAUUCUGCCAAAGAAAUAAAAAAGCAGGUUCGUGGUAUCCCUUGGAAUUUCACAUUUAAUGUAAAGUUUUAUCCACCUGACCCAGCACAGUUAACAGAAGAUAUAACAAGAUAUUAUUUAUGUCUUCAACUUCGACAAGACAUAAUUGCAGGACGUCUGCCCUGUUCCUUUGCAACUUUAGCUUUAUUAGGUUCUUAUACCAUCCAGUCUGAGCUGGGCGAUUAUGACCCUGAACUCCAUGGUUCGGAUUAUGUUAGUGAUUUUAAACUGGCCCCAAAUCAGACCAAGGAACUUGAAGAGAAAGUCAUGGAACUGCAUAAGUCAUACAGGUCCAUGACUCCAGCUCAAGCUGACCUGGAAUUUCUUGAGAAUGCCAAAAAGUUGUCUAUGUAUGGUGUUGACCUUCAUAAAGCAAAGGACUUGGAGGGAGUGGACAUCAUCCUAGGUGUCUGCUCUAGUGGCCUUCUGGUUUACAAAGAUAAGCUGAGAAUUAACCGCUUUCCUUGGCCCAAAGUGCUGAAGAUUUCUUAUAAACGUAGCAGCUUUUUUAUCAAGAUUCGGCCUGGAGAGCAAGAACAGUAUGAAAGUACCAUCGGAUUCAAACUUCCCAGUUACCGAGCAGCUAAGAAAUUAUGGAAAGUCUGUGUAGAGCAUCACACAUUUUUCAGACUGACAUCUACAGACACCAUUCCUAAAAGCAAAUUUCUUGCACUGGGAUCCAAAUUUCGAUACAGUGGCCGAACUCAAGCUCAAACCAGACAAGCUAGUGCUCUGAUUGACAGGCCAGCCCCACACUUCGAGCGUACAGCAAGCAAACGGGCAUCCCGGAGCCUUGAUGGAGCGGCUGUCGAUUCAACAGACCGAAGUCCUCGGCCCACUUCUGCACCGGCCAUUGCUCAGAGUCAGGACACAGAAGGCAGUGUGCCAGGUGCACCUGCCAAAAAAACAGUGGUUUCUAAAGCACAGAAGGAAACAGUGAAGGACGAAGUGAAAAAGGAAGAAGUGCCACCUGAGCAAGCUGAGCCAGAGCCCACAGAAGUGUGGAAGGGGGAAAAAACCCACAUCGAGGUCACAGUACCCACCUCAAAUGGUGACCAAACACAGAAGCUUGCAGAAAAAACUGAAGAUCUGAUAAGAAUGAGGAAGAAAAAGAGAGAGAGACUAGAUGGUGAAAACAUUUAUAUCAGACAUAGCAAUUUAAUGUUGGAGGAUUUAGACAAAAGUCAAGAAGAGAUCAAAAAACAUCAUGCCAGCAUCAGUGAACUGAAAAAGAACUUCAUGGAAUCCGUACCUGAACCACGGCCUAGUGAGUGGGAUAAACGCUUAUCCACUCACUCCCCGUUCCGAACACUUAACAUCAAUGGCCAAAUCCCAACAGGAGAAGGAAAUAUAAAUGGCAUUCGCACAGAGGAGGCGGCUGCCGUGACAAAGGGGCCAUCUACCAACCCUGACUCUGAAUGGGAGGGCCCCGAGCAUUCAGUAAUUCCUAGUAAGAGCCAAAUGACUACCCCCGCGGAGUCUCCACAAAGCUUUGACUGUGGCUCCCUCUCCAUAAGCAGCAAGGAAACAGAAGAGAAGGAGCAGGGGGCUGCUGGCCAUCUUGAUAUUAAGGAAAUGCCAGGAGGCCCAAGUGGGGAAUGUAUAGGAGUGGAGGAACAGGCCAGUGCCUUAAAGCUCUCAGUAUCACCAGCUUCCUCUCAGCUGCAACUUGGUGAAAAAAAGGCAGAGAGUAGUGAAGAACAUGUUACACCAGGAGAGCCACUUGGAAAGCAAAAUGGAUCAUUUGCUGACUCUUGUGUGGGUAACCAGUUCCCCACCCUCAUUCGAAGUUUCCAGCCUCCUCUGGUGAAGACUCAGACCGUCACCAUCUCAGACACGGCCAAUGCCGCGAAAAGCGAGAUCCCAACCAAAGACGUCCCUAUUGUCCACACCGAGACCAAGACCAUCACCUACGAGGCCGCUCAGACUGAUGAGAGCAAUGGGGACUUGGACCCAGGAGUCUUGCUGACAGCUCAGACCAUCACCUCUGAGACCACCAGCAGCACCACCACAACUCAGAUUACCAAGACGGUCAAAGGUGGGAUAUCAGAGACCCGGAUUGAGAAGAGAAUUGUGAUCACAGGAGAUGCCGAUAUUGACCAUGACCAGGUCCUGGUGCAGGCCAUCAAGGAGGCAAAGGAGCAGCACCCGGACAUGUCAGUAACCAAGGUGGUCGUCCAUCAGGAGACUGAAAUCUCUGAGGAAUGAGCUCAGGAAUCACUUACCCCCGACCCCCUGCCCGUCUCCCAUCCAAGAGAAAGCCAGAGGAACGACAAAGAAGCUAACUGCAAUAGUCAGACUUCAGACUUCCAAGGUUCUAAGCCACCAGAAAAUUAAUUUCACUUUCUAUUUGGAGUUUAUACCAACAGAGUCUUUUAGACAUCACUGACCUUUUGAAUACCUUUUUCUAUAUUGUGAUACUAGAACUGUUCAACUUUUCACUCUACGAACUGUUUUUAAAGAGCUUUUUGGUUUUUUAUGGGGUGGUUUGUAACCCCUUCAGCCCAGCCUCUUCCCAUUGAUUUCCAACCCAGAUGCUGACAGGGCCCACAGAAUUCUUCUGGAAGCCUCCAAAGACUGUCCCCGCUGUGUUGGGGCCAAAGCCAGCUGCAUGGGGCUGCCCUGCUCUCCCCUAGUUUUAUACCCUUUGGGUGACAGUUGAAACUUUAAAAAACCAGCCCUUUCUCAGAGCCAAUGAUGUGACUUUACAGGAAUGUCGGGCAGGGUGCUGCCCCGAUCCACAGACCCAGCAGAGUCCCUGUCCCUUUGCGGAGGGUGGUUUGGGGGAGGCAGAGACCUCUGCCAAGAAUGUGGCAUUGCUUUUCCUUCCUCCCUCCUGUUCUUUCUUUUUGGAGAUUCUUUAGAUCAAAGAUAUAAGAAGUUGCUCAGCUCUAUCUGAUACUGUGAAUGUUUUAACAGAUCGUGGCCUUCACCUUCCUGCCCUCCGACCCUUUUUACCUCACCAGAAGCGCUGGCUCUGCUAGGUACUCCCCCACCUCCCAUCUCAGGAGAGCAAAACUCACAGGAAAAUAGGCACUUUGGGCCAAAAGCACUAAUGGCACAUUUUUAGUGGUGAUUUGGGCAAAGAAAAUGAAUGAGGUUUUUGAAAGGUUUUCUAGUUCUGGGAAUGUGCACUGCACACAGGGGGAUGAGGGGUUCACCUCGUUCAGGUCCCGCUAAGAAGCAUUUCCAGGUGACCACCCCGACCAUGUGGCAGCUCUCAGAGCACAGGACCACGCGUCAGGGGGCCUACCCUUCCCUCAGCUCUGUCACCAGCUCAGCACUUCUCCUUGCUGCUCCCUGUCUGUAAACUGGAGCAGAUCUGUAACGCCCUUCCCGCACCAGGAAGUCACACUGGGGACAAGCUAGCAUGAGGGAUGUCCUUCCAGGCCUCUUCCCCCUCCUCCCUCUCUGCUGACAGAUCCUGAGGUUUGGCAAUAGUCAGACUUUUUCUUCCUGCAGUUGUGUGUGCGUGUGUGUGUGUGUGCAUGAAGAAAAGCAGACUCUGUCCAGGUAGGAAAUGAAGAGGAGAGGGACUUGGCAGUUUUCCUAGUGACUCAGACACAUCACAGUAACAACUCUCGCUGCAAUUUUAUUUUUAUUUCACUUGAGAAAUAAAGACUUCCUCCAAGCCACCCGAGGUCUCUGCCACCCACCCACCCACCACUCCGGACCUGCAUUUAUAAGCGGAGGGCCCACAGAGCCUGGCUGUCAGGGCGUCUUCAACACCUUUCCCAGACCUCCCCCCCAACCCCCGUUUUGCAGCAGGGCAGCGGAGGGUGACGGGACAGCAGUCAUCUCAGAGACGAGCCACGGCUGUGGCCUUACCGACCCCCAGGAAUGCUCAUGGGAACUGUCUACCGGGAUCUCAGCCCCAGGCUGGUGGUUUUACAAAUCUCUCUCAAAUGUAUUAUUUUGGUGACAAAAAUGAAGGAGCUUUGUAAAAUUUUAAAAAAUUAUGAAUCAUAUCAAGUAGUUGUUUACAUUUGACAAAAUAGGAACUAUGGCAGCAGAAUCAAAUUGGCAAAAUCCUUAGAUUAAAUAGGCAAUAAUUAAGUCUGCUGUUUUGGCCUUUUGUAGUAAGAGAAGUGGCUGUAGUGUUUAGACAAGUGUUUGGUCUUGCUUCUUGUACUGCAUUUUUCAAUAAACUUCAAAAAAAAAAAAAAA